UUCCUUCUUGUACCCGUCACCAGCUCCGGCUGUGAGAGAGAGAGAGAGGCGCGAGUGCGAAAAGGCAAAAGGGACGAAGAGGAAGGAGACGGCGGAAGGAGAGAGGAAAGGGAGACGAGAAAGGACAGUCUCCGACGAAGCCCUAGCGUUCCUCUCUUCGAAGCCUCUCUUUCCGUUGAUUCCACCUCGAUAAAAUAAAAAAAAGCAGGAGUUAGGGUUCUGCUCGCCGUUUAAAAAUGCACAAGUUGGGAAGAGGACACAGGGAUAAAGUUCAACAGUUCAUGGCUAUAACUGGAACCAAUUUAAACGCGCCAAUGCCGGUCCCAAGCCCAGAUGAAAAAGUGAGAAAGCUGCUCUUCAGGCUUUGAAGGCAAGUGAUUGGCAUUUGGAGGGGGCUUUUGACAUGUUUUACAGCCAACCACAUAUUAGAACUGCCACUGAUACAAGACAUCUUGAAGAUCUCUAUAAUAGAUACAAAGAUCCAUAUGUUGAUAUGAUAGUGGUUGAUGGGAUUUCUCUUCUUUGCACUGAUUUGCAAGUGGAUCCUCAAGAUAUUGUUAUGUUAGUUGUAUCUUGGCACAUGAAGGCUGCCACAAUGUGUGAAUUUUCACGGCAAGAAUUCAUUGGUGGAUUACAAUCACUUGGGAUAGAUACAAUUGAAAAGUUUCGUGAGAAGUUGUCAUACAUGCGUAGUGAGCUAAGAGAUGAUCAAAGAUUUCGAGAGAUAUACAACUUCUCAUUUGGCUGGGCUAAAGAAAAGGGACAAAAAUCGUUAGCACUAGAGACAGCUAUUGGCAUGUGGCAGUUGCUAUUUGCAGAAUGGCAUUGGCCUUUAGUUGAUCAUUGGUGCCAAUUCUUACAGCUAAAACAUAACAAAGCAAUAUCAAGGGAUACUUGGUCUCAGUUGCUGGAAUUUGCUAAGACUAUUGAUCUUCAACUCUCCAACUAUGAUGAAGAAGGUGCUUGGCCCUAUUUGAUAGAUGAAUUUGUGGAAUACUUGACUGAAAAUGGAAUUGUCCAACGUCCUCAAAAUUGAGAAACCUUAUAUUUAUACUGGCGGUUUUACAAAUUCUUCUCAUCGAUUCGUUCAUGAAAUCAUUCUGCUCUGGGUUUGCUCAUUCAAAACAGCCAAGAAAAGCUUUCAAAAUCUCGCUCUUUCCAGAUAUAAACGUAAAGACUGAAGCAUGAUGAAGAAACACUUUUUAACCUGCCAUUUGUCGGUCACGUCGCUGGUUAUUGUAGGUUUCUAUUGCCUUGUGUUGUGUUGUUGUUUCUCUGUUCUUUACUGAGUGUGAUUGCAAAUGAAAAUCUUAGUUAGAGUCAAUUAUUCCAAUGUUAUAACUACUCGAUCUGAAAAUAAAAUUGCAUUUUGACAGUA